AUUUUAUAUUACUUCCGGUGUUGAUCAGUUGACAUUGGCAACAGUCGAUUUCCCGGAGUACGAAUGGUCGAGACACCAAAAUGGGUCGACCGAAGUAUUUCACACCUUCUGAAGUCGCUGUACACAACACAGUAGACGACCUUUGGGUAUCUUUCCUCGGAAAAGUGUACGAUCUUACCCCGCUAUGCGAAAAAUAUAAAGGUGAUGUUCUCCUAAAGCCCAUUAUUCAGUCAGCAGGAAAGGAUAUUUCACAUUGGUUUAAUCCUAAAUUGAAGGAUAUUCGUACCCACGUUGAUCCACUGACAGGCUGUGUAAUCCCAUAUUGUCCAAAUGGCCGAUUCGUCCAUAUCCCUCCUCCGUAUCCAGACAGCUUCUGGGCAAAUGACUUUGGUCGUCCAUGGUGGAAAGAUGAAGGGUAUCUCGUGGGAAUAUUGUCAAAGAAAACAAGAUCCAUCAAAAUUAUCAACACAUUAACAUCACAGGAACAAGUCAUAGAGGUGUGUUCAGAGGAAAUAAUGACAGAAAUUCUAGACCGAUAUAUCAAAUACAAUGCACAUGCAGCCAGCUACACAUGGAAAUACGAUGGCCGGAAUCUGGACAUGGCUAUGACGUUGGAAGAAAACCAGAUACCUGAUGAGGAUGAGGAAUUCUACAAACUCAGCAUGAAUGACGACACAUUUCUACAGGCCAUCCAUUUAUACUUCAACGAUGACCUCACAGAGGCAUAGUGUCCGCGGUUAUCUCAAAAAUUAAUUGUCAUCAUUCAAAGCAACAGAAGUAACAGUACAGUCUCCAGACAGAAUAUGAGAACACUGGAAAUGAUAACUAAAGACCAAACUAGGGGAAAAUAGAAAUCAGUCAAUAUAGAAAUAUUCCACACUAAAAUGUAAAAAUAAUGUUGAUAUAAUUAUAUAUGUUUUGUGUAAAAGAACUUUUAGCAGCUUCAGAUAUUCGUUAAUAUAAAUGUGAGCAUUACCUGUUUAAGAAGUAUACUGUACCAGUUACAGCAAUACAUGACUUACAAUUAGAUGAAUGAAUAUGUGAAGUACUUUGAUACAAAUACUACUGGGUUUAUAGUCACAUGAAUGCAUUAUACUGUGUAACACAUGGUGUGUGAGUACUUUACCAGAUUUAGAUUACAACUUGUACUACUGACACAUAUUUCAUAAUCUUCUAAUAGAUUAAAUCUGAAUUUAAAAGUCAGAUUAAAGGUUCAUACUGUUUUAGCAAUAAUAUUAAUGCUUUAAUGCAGUCUUCAAAACUGGUGAACAUUUAAUGAAA